GCUGGGAGGAGGUUAGUCAGCCAAGAGUCUCAGUUAUGAAGAAGAGGGGCAGAAGCUCUGUGCUGCUUCACAGGCAGCAAAUUUUCACAACACUCUAAGCUCCAGAAGGAUGGCAUUCUCUACAGGUUUUUAUAAAGAGUGAUGUUUGUAUGAAGAACAUAUAGAAAUAAUGAAAUGGCAGAAGAUUAAAAUUUAUGCCUGCCUUGCUAGGACGUGUAUGGCCACUGAAUGCAGAAGAUGGAGAUUCUUUCAGACAAUGAUACUGUGAAUUGCACCAUUAAUCACAACAUACAUCAGACGUUAUCACCGGUGAUAUACAUACUUGUCUUUGUAGUAGGACUUCCAGCCAACUGCCUCUCACUGUACUAUGGAUAUCUGCAAGUUAAAGUCAAGAAUGAACUGGGAAUAUACCUUUGCAAUUUGACCAUAGCAGACCUGUUAUACAUAUUUUCCCUGCCCUUUUGGCUCCAGUAUGUUUUACAGCAUGACAACUGGACAUAUAAUGAACUCCUGUGCAAAAUCUGUGGCUUUCUCCUGUAUGAAAAUAUUUACAUCAGUGUGGGUUUCCUCUGCUGUAUCUCGAUUGACCGUUACUUAGCUGUGGUGCACCCUUUUCACUUCCAUCAGUGUCGCACAAUGAAGGCUGCUAUGGUGGUGAGCAUUGUCAUCUGGACCAAGGAAAUUCUGACAUGCUGCUUUGCUUUUACACAUGGUGAAUUCAGCAGAGACUUGGAGAGCCAUGUGGUGUGCUUUGAGCACUAUCCCAUCGAAAAUUGGGAGAACAACAUCAAUUAUUAUCGUUUCAUUGCUGGAUUCCUAUUCCCAUUUUCUCUGCUUUUUUUUUCGUACUAUGGCAUAUUGCGGGUAGUCCGCAAAAGCCACGGUACACAGAAGAAGAAAAAGAUUCAAAUCAAACGUCUGGUUUCUAGCACAAUUAUUAUUUUCUUGGUGUGCUUUGGGCCAUACCAUGUACUGUUAUUGAUCCGCAGCAUCUUUGAGAACAGCUGUGAAUUUGCUGCCAGAAUCUUUAACGUCUAUCAUAUUUCUCUCUUGUUGACCACUUUUAACUGUGUUGCAGACCCAGUAUUGUAUUGCUUUUCCAGUGAGAACACCUACCAGGACUUUGCCAAAAUAGGGGACACCUGUUUGAAGUGUCUAAGAUGUGUACAGAUAGAAACCAAGGAAUCUUAUCAGCUGAAUACUCCAGAAAGUGUAAGAAAAAAGAGAACACGAUUUGAGCUGAACCCAGAGUUAAAUAAACUAAAUGCUGUUAUUGAAAUGGAGGAAUCAUCAGCCAAUACUUUUCCAAAAGGAAGAGUGAUCUAAAAUUUCCAUUCAUGUGUUUGCUUGCUUCUCUUUUUUGGGUAAAAAUGUAUGGGAAUUAUUGUACCCUGUAAAACAGUUGAUAGUUUAAAAAUGUGAUCAACUGAUACCAUUCUUUCCACAUGGGGAAUUCCUUAGUUCCUUUAAAACCAUAAAGCGCUUUUACCACAAUGUAGCAUAAUUAUAUACAACAGGCUAUUUACAUUUCAUUAUACAUCCUGUGCAUAUUGCUGACUCCAUAUAGCCCUACUCACGGAAAAUCUGCUAUUCUGUCUAAUUACAGGACUUGUAGAAAUAAACAUAUUAAUGUUCUGGAUUUGUUAAGUAAACUGGAAGCAGUGAGUACUUGACAGAUGACCAAAGAAUUACAUUUUGUGUUCUUAUUUUUUAGAAGUUGAAUGCAAACACUAUUAAAAGCAUAGAUGUGUA